CGCACCAUGCCGCCCUGACCGCACACGAUCCGCUUAGCAAUGCAGUCGUGUGCAGGCAGUGUGCAGAGAUAGGGCAUCAACACUGCUGCUUCUUUAAAUGCUACGCAAUGCCACUUGCACCACUGGCGAAGGAAAAUAGGGCGAAGCUGCACGGUUCAGUCCCUUCCGUUUGCACGAAAAUAGAUAGUGCCAGCUUAGAAAAGAGCAUAGAGGACGCAUACAGCCAGCGGAACAACACACACCUUGCUGCGUUUCAACGUUUUCCACACGCUCCGUGCUCAAAACAUGGCAAGGUGUAUAGAGCAGUAACGAUAGAAUGUUGUUGUUGGGCAAACAUUAAUUUGAGUAAUAGUUUACUCUUGGACGGUGUACCAUUGAAGAUAAAAUCAGCAUUUAACAUCCUGCGCACACCUUGGCCGACCGUUGACAUCUGGAAGUGUUACGAAGCGUUACGGCACGAAGGGGCAGCGAACGGGAGUUGUCAAACAGUCCAGUAUUCGUCGCAUUCGAUAUUCAUUCCGCGAGUGUUGCUGGAAUUUAUCAAAAUUCUAGAUUAGUUGCGCUUUGCAUUCCUUGUUAUUUGCGUUUA